UGCCUCAUCACAUUUCCAUUGUGGUAAAAAGUAAAAUGUCAACCUAAAAUGGGACCAAUCAUUUUUCUCUCAUACUAACUCCUCCCAGUUUAUAUGAUUACAUUAUUGUGAAUCAAAUCUAAUGCGGUCUCAAUUACAGCAGUUUUCAGCAGGAUUAGCAGAAAAUGAUGGUAAUAAUUUACUUACUGCUGAUGCUCAGAGAGGAAUGUUGUGCAGCUGAUCCAGUCAUAGAACGAAAGUCUAUCAAAGUUGGAGAUCGUGUGAAGAUGGAGUGCUCACGCAGAUCUGCAGGAGACUUACACUGGAUGAAGAUUGCUUUUAAAAAUCCUCCAGAAUACCUUGAAGAACCACUGGAUGAGAGACUUUAUUCUCACAUUAAAGUUAAUGCAGAACCUGGAACUUUUCAGUUGCAGAUCAUAAAUGCAAAGUUAAAUGACUCAGCCCUUUAUGUGUGUGUGAGAAAACAUCAAGGAGGCAUAACAUAUUUAAAAUUAACAUACUUAAUGGUUGAAGACCUGGCUGUUACCACCGUCCCUCCUUCUGUUCCGGUUUAUCCAAAAGACUCUGUGAUUCUGCAGUGUUCGGUCCUCCAUUACUCUCAAAAUCACUCAUGUCCUCUAGACAACAGCAUGUACUGUUUCAGGGCUGAGGUCAAUCAGACUCAUUCAAAUUUCACUAACACUCAAAGAGACAUUGGAAUUAAAAAUGUCUCAGAAGGAUUUACAGCAGAGACCUGUUUCUACAGCCAUUUAAAAAGCUUCAGGUCCUCUGGAGUUCAGAUGAAUUACUGUGGUGUGUCAGUGCCUAAGGAGAAAAUACCUGAAGAUAAAUCAAAACACACAAUUAAAGGGGAAACCGCAUCUGAUUCACAGAAUUACAAUACAAUUCUUUAUAUGUUGUGUGCUGCUUUAGCUAUGUGUCUGAUUAUAAUAGCCUCACUCCUGUGUUACAUCAAGAAUCUCAAGGAAACGUCAGAUGAGUGUUUCAUUGCCAGUGUUGCUCUGCAUGAACACACACCAUUGGAAGAAAAUCAGGAAGCCCCAGAUGGAUGAAGUCUCUCUUGUUUAUUCUGCACCAGUUUUCACCAGCAGAAAAGUCAACAAGAAAGCAACAAGGGGCUCAGCAUCAGAAGACUCCAUUUAUACAGAAGUUAAGUUUCUUGAGCAAUAAAGUGCUAGGGUAUUGUUCAUUGAAAUAUAUAGUAGAACUGUAAUUUAUUCUUUUAUGAAACCAAAAUUUUAUAUAUUUAUCAGGUGUUGUUUUUUUGCAGGUCUGUAUUAAACCACUAAUAUGUACACACA